GGCACCCCGUGCGCCGGCCGCGCGCGCUGGCCCCGCUCCUUGCCAUACCCGCCUCCCCGGGCGGGGCUUUUUGUUAGUUGCCCCGGGGCGGCAGGGCGCUGCUGGUUCCGCGUUCAGCCACAGCCCAUUUGCGCCGCGCAGGUCCUUGUGGCUGCAUUGCCCCCCCGAAGCGGCGGCGCUUUUAUUGCAGCGGCGCAGCAAGCUAGUGCAGUUUCCUCCUUUCGGGGUAUCAAACAAUCUAGUGGCCGGUCUCGAAAGCUCUGCCUGCCCCCGGUUUCGUUUGGCGAUGCUGGUCAAGCAACAGAAAUAUCGUCCCC